GUAAAUUAUUCGCUGCUCGUCGCGGAAAUGUUUCGUAUUGCAUCGAAGCGAUCAGUCAGCCAGACGUUGAAAAGAGCCCGUCAACAAUCAAAUCAAGCCGCUGCUCCACCGAAGCCACCAGUUCAACCACCAAAAAAAUCCGGAGGUGGCAAAGGAUUGGCUCUUGUCGGAGCAACCGUUGUUGGAGCUGGUGGUGUUGUCGGAUACGCGUAUGUCGACCCUGAGUUCCGUCACAAAGUCGAAUCCACUGUUCCGCCAGUGAAACAAGUUUUCGACGCAGUUUUGGGAGAAUCUAGCUUGCAGAAGACAAAACAACAGAUCGGUGACCUCAAGGAUGCUGUAGUGAACGCUGUCCCAAAAAAGAAGGAAGUUCUUCCUCCAUUGGAGCUCGCGCCACUGCCGCCUGUCCUUCCAAGAGAGCCCACACAUGUUGACCCAGUGGAUGUUCGCAAAGAUGUGACCCCAAUGAUCCCAAAACCUUCUCCAGAUGUCGUCUUUGCCAAGAACCAACAACUUGAGGAGAAGCUUAAAAUCGCAAUUCACUCUGCUGAAGGAAAAGUGCGUUUAGCCACUGAGGCCAAGCUGAAGACCAUCAAUGCGAUCAAUGAGCAUGCCAGUAUUCUCAAGCAAACCGUCGAUGAUGCUAAGCACGCCAACUGGGAAAACGUCACUUCUGCUCUUCAAAGAGCCGAAGCUGAGGCACGCGUCGACAGUGGCCAAGAGGUGGACGGGAGAAACUACAUUGAUAACCUUCGCAAGAUUGUGAACGAUGGAAAGCGAGAUUCAACUACCGCCACAAAUCCGCUACUUCUGAAUGCUCAAGAGACUGCUAAUAAGCUUUCUCAUCAGCUUGAUGAGAUCAACGCAUUGGUCAACAAGUCUCGUCAAGAAUCUGCAGUCCUCAAUCAGUACAAGGAUUUGAUUGAGAAGUCUCGUCAACAGUUUGCUCUUGAGAUGAAGAGCAUCUUGCCAAAUGUUGAUAUUCACGCUAAAGACAAAAAUCUCAACGAAGACGAACUGAAUGCAUUGAUCGCUCACGCUCAUCUCAAAGUUGACCAGCUUCGUUGUCAGCUUUCGGAUCAGCAAGUUCGCGAGGAACUGCACAUCUCAAAGGCUCUUGAAGAGCAGCGACUUGCCGAUGAGCGGAUCGCGUCUGAAAAAUUGAGCAUUGAGAUGAGCCGUGUUGGCCGUCAGAAUGAGUUGGAAAUCGAACGAGCUCUUGUGGAAAGCCGUUCAUCAUGGGAAGGUGAGCUGGAGAAUCAAUUGAAGCGCACCGCCUCGGCUCACUCUGAGCACUUGGAGCAAGUCAUCCGGACUCAGAGACAACUCUUCGAGAUUGAACAGAAUCAGAAGGUAGAGGAGGCAGUUUUGCAAGAGCGCAAUCUUCACAGCAAGCAAGUUGGUGCUGCGUUGAGCCGACUGGAGGGAAUCGAAGAGGCUCUCGGAAGCCGAGUUGCUCUUGACAACGAAAACCGUCGCGCCAAGCAGUUCUGGAUUGCGUGCCAUAAUUUGAUUGACACUUUGAAACAUGGUAACAAGGCCGGAAACAACAUUGAUGAGAGAAGACUUCCAUUGAACGAGUCUUUGAAUCUUCUCAAGGAGGUCAAUCCAGAAGACGAGUUUGUCAACGCCAUCAUCGACUCGUUCCCAAAACAAGCGACCACAGUUGGCACAUACACUGAGCAGGAUCUCAAAAACCGCUUCGAGCAACUGUACAAGAUUGGUCGCAAGACUGCUUCUAUCGAUGAGAACGGAGGAACCUUAGGAGCCUAUUUCUGGUCGUACGUCAAAUCCCUGUUCCUCGUGGAUAUGCCACAACAGUAUGGAAAUUUAGAUGCUAUUGAUGUGAACAACACUGAUAACUAUGAGAUCCUUUCCCGCGCCAAGCAGUACGUACACAAUGGUGAUCUCGAUAAGGCGAUUCGCGUUGUUCAACUUUUGAAGGGUCAGCCAGCUCAUCUUGCUCGUGACUGGAUCGUCGACACCCGCUCCUACCUCGAGUCUCGCCUUCUCGCCCAGCUUCUUGUGGCUCACGCCGCCGUCUCCUCGAUUCGCUCAACUUAUUAGAACAAUUGAUUGUCUUGCGUCACCGUUUUUUAAAAUUGUGUUCUACUGGUUUUCACUACACUCAUUUUAUUUUUCUCUAUUUCUCACCCUAUUUAAAACGAUCCAAAUGUUUUAAAAACGUUUUGCUGCUAGUAGUAUUGUGUGUGUGUCUUUUAGAAACCAAUUUCUUGUUGGUAGUUUAUAGUAGAUGGGUGUGUGCACAUUUUCUCCCCGUUUUUUUUUCCAAACUCUCGCCGUCAAUUUUUUCCAAGUUUGUGUAGUUUUUCGAACCGUCGAUGUAUUGAAUAAAUGUGAAAAUUUUACAAUUUUUUACCAGAAAUAAGUAUGAUUUGUAGAAGUUUGAGACAAACAAAUAAAGAAUCUCUAGAAGUGCA